AUGCUUGAUUUUUUCCCUUGCCAAAACGUAGCAGUAAACUCUCGUGUCAACACAUUUGUCAUGCAGGUCUUGGUGUACCAUGACUUGUUAGGGAUGAUGCAGCAUCCACACCAUGCCAAGGUGACACCAAAGUUCUGCAAGCAAUUCGGCAACGUCGGCAGUGUCAUUAACAAGGCGCUAUCAGAUUACAAGCAAGAAGUGGAGACACGGUCUUUCCCUGGCCCCAGUCACACCCCGUAUAAAAUCACCGCAACAGAUGUUGAUGGCUUUGCCAAUGCGCUACAGAAGAUGGGUUUGGGUGAGGCUGCGGACGCUGCGGCUGCCGCUGCUGAGAACUCAGAAAAUGAUGGAAAACCGAGCGAAAACAGUUGA